GUCCUCCAGAAGAGAUCCGGGGACGGUAGCGUUAGCUUCUGUCUCGUCCCUGACUGCUUCUAGGCAAUACUUAACUACCUCAGUGACGCAAGCCAAACCUCCAACGAUGGUUUUUGAAGAGAAAAUGAUCACAAAUGGAGAGCCUGACGACGAGGAGGAAGAAGAGGAGGGAGGGCCGGGGGAUGAGGAAGGGGAGGGAGGUGGAGAGGAGGAGGAAGGUGAGGAAGGUGAGGGAGGUGGAGAGGAGGAUGAAGAAGAUGAAGAAGAUGAAGAGGAGGAGGAAGAUUUGGUGGACCCCUUAGACACAGUCCGUGCGAAAUGCGAGCAGACGGAACACUGUGUGCACGUGCGGGCGAGGUUGGACGCAUGCGAGAGCAGGGUGAGCUCGCGGUCGAACACCGAGGAGGACUGCACGGAGGAGCUCUUCGACUUCCUACACGCCCGGGACCACUGUGUGGCGCACAAACUCUUCAAGUCUGUAAAAUGAAGGCUGUCGUUAGGCUGCUUGCUGUCAGUUCCAGUGGUAUCAUACGGUUGCGGAAUAUAAAUACAAAAAGAAUUGUUGCAUCAACAAGAGAUCAUGUAUUGUUUUCCUUCACCAAUUCUCAGGCACGCCUUCCAAUUAAAUCUAUCAGGAAUAUUUAAUGUACUAUUUUGAAUAAAGUUCUUAAUAAAUCUC